UCGCAUACAACCGUGACUGUCCCAUCGGUGGACCCAAGGCUGAUGUGAGAUGAACAGCUUCUGGAGCAAAGUCAACGAGACAACUCACACGCCAGUGAACGCGGUGUGGUUGGUAGUGGCCUUCUGCAGCUGCUUGGAUCUGAUCGGUAUCGGAAGUACGUUGACGAUUGUAGCCAUUUUCAACAUCACGGCGCCAGCGCUAGACAUCAGCUACAUCGCCGUCAUCAUCGCGCACAGGGUCUACGAGCACAGAGUACAGUUCAUCCCAGGACCGUACACAAUGGGUCGGUGGAGCAAGCCGGUCAAUGCGAUUGCGGUCACAUGGGUGUGCUUUAUCAGCGUGGUGCUGUUCUUCCCCACUAUCAAGCCGGUCACGGCUUCCAAUAUGAACUACGCCAUCUGUGUGGCCGCCUUCAUUGGACUGUUCAGCAUGGCGUGGUGGUACGCAGGGGCUAGGAAGUGA